ACGUAAUUCUCAAAGUCGCAGACAUUCUUACUGUAAAAGGCGGAACUGGCGCAAUCGUUGAGUACCAUGGGCCUGGUGUCGACUCUAUUUCAUGUACAGGAAUGGGCACAAUUUGCAACAUGGGUGCUGAGAUUGGAGCAACAACUUCCGUGUUUCCUUUCAACUCUCGAAUGGCAGACUAUCUCAAAGCGACCGGCCGCGAGGCGAUUAGUGGCCUGGCGCAAAGUAACAUACAUGUGUUACAAGCGGACGAUGGUUGCGAGUAUGAUGAACUGAUUGAGAUCAAUCUCGACGAGCUUGAACCUCACGUUAAUGGUCCUUCACACCUGACUUUUAUUUCCAAACUUGGGAAGGUUGCCGAAACGAACGGUUGGCCGGAUGUCAAAGUUGCGUUAAUCGGUAGCUGUACAAACAGUAGCUACGAGGAUAUGACGCGAUCAGCAAGUAUUGCUCAACAGGCGUUGGAUCGCGGUAUUCGAGCCAAAUCAUUAUUUACUGUCACACCUGGUUCUGAACAGAUUAGAGCGACUAUCGAACGUGAUGAAGUGGCCAAAACGUUAAGAGACUUUGGAGGAACUGUGCUGGCGAAUGCUUGUGGUCCCUAUGGUCAAUGGAACAGACAGGAUAUCAAAAAAGGCGAAAAGAAUACCAUAGUUACGUCGUACAAUCGAAAUUUCACUGGAAGAAACGAUGCGAAUCCUGCAACACAUGCGUUCGUCGCUUCUCCAGAGAUUGUUACAGCCCUUGCUCUUGGUGGUAGCCUAAAGUUCAAUCCUCUAUCAGACUAUCUGGAGGGAGCCAACGGCGAAAAAUUUAAACUUGACGAUCCCAACGGUCAUGAGCUACCAACUCGUGGAUUUGAUCCUGGUGAAGAUACAUACCAACAUCCUCCGUCCGACUCCUCAGCGGUAAAAGUCAAUGUCGAUCCGAGCAGUAACCGUUUACAACUUCUACAGCCAUUUGACGCCUGGAAUGGCGAAGAUCUUGUUGGUCUGCCAAUUCUAAUAAAGAUCACUGGUAAAUGCACAACAGAUCACAUCAGUGCCGCUGGUCCGUGGUUAAAAUAUCGUGGACACUUGGAUAAUAUCUCCAACAACAUGUUCAUUGCGGCAGUGAAUGAGGAAAAUGGCGAAGCUAAUAAAGUUCGGAAUCAACUAAACGGAGAAUAUGGUGCCGUACCUGACACUGCCAGAUAUUAUAAGGCCAACGGUGUUAACUGGGUGGUUGUUGGUGAUGAGAACUACGGUGAAGGCAGCAGUCGUGAACAUGCUGCUCUUGAACCCAGACAUCUUGGUGGUAGAGCUGUAAUCGUCAAAAGCUUUGCAAGGAUACACGAGACAAAUCUUAAAAAACAAGGAAUGUUGCCUUUGACAUUUAAUAACCCAGCCGAUUAUGAUAAAAUCAAGCCAACAGACCGUAUAUCAAUUCUUGGCCUUAAAGAUUUUGCACCCGGAAAGCCUUUAACAUGUGAAGUAACACACGAGGACGGGAGCAAAGAACAAUUUCUACUGAAUCACACUUUUAACGACACUCAGAUCCAGUGGUUCAAAGCUGGCAGUGCACUAAACAACAUGGGAAAGGCGAAAUGAACUACAACUGACAUAUGAGAUGAUUUUUCAUCAAAGGCCUCAGCAAUUUUAUUUAUAUAAUUAUAUAUAUAUAUAUAUAUAUAAUUAAAGCUUGUCAUAAAUUGCUAGUUUUCUUGGUCCUCCGCACCUGAAAAUUCAUCAACGAUAUCUUUCAAUAAACUAAAAAGCAAUAAACACUCCGUAAA